GGCUSGCUCCUGUUCSUUAGUCUCUGGACCCACYGGCAGGGCUGAGCCGCCUUUUGGAAGGUCAGCUGCGGUCAGCGGCGGUGAAAGCUGCCUGGGAGGUCACCGCUUUCAAGGCUCUCGCUCUCUGCUCUUCUGCAGCCCCGAGCUUUUGCGAGGGCUGCUGGCGCCCAGAUCUCAGAACAGAAGCCAUGGCGAAGUCCAGGGGCCGGGGCCGUCUGUACCUUUGGAUGUCUUUGAUUGCCCUGCUGGCAUCUUUUCUGGUGGGCUUUCUGGUGGGCUGGUUUUUUAAGCCUCUCAAAGAAACAAUCUGUGUACCACACCAUGGUCAAAGUAUACAAGGGAAACUGUUGUCAGAAAUGAAAGCUGAAAACAUUAGAUCAUUUCUUCGAAGUUUUAGAAUGGUAUUCAAAACAUCAUAUCUUGAACCACCUCCAGAUGGAUAUGAGACUGUGACAAAUAUUGUACCUCCCUAUAAUGCUUUCUCAGCCCAAGGCAUGCCAGAGGGAGAUCUCGUAUAUGUGAACUAUGCUCGUACUGAAGACUUUUUCAAACUAGAAAGAGAGAUGAAUAUUAACUGCACUGGAAAGAUUGUUAUUGCAAGAUAUGAGAAGAUCUUCAGAGGAAAUAAAGUUAAAAAUGCCAUGUUAGCAGGAGCCAUAGGAAUCAUCUUGUACUCAGAUCCAGCUGACUACUUUGCCCCUGGGGUACAGCCAUAUCCCAAAGGCUGGAACCUUCCUGGAACUGCAGUGCAGAGAGGAAAUGUGUUAAAUUUGAAUGGUGCUGGUGACCCUCUCACWCCAGGCUAUCCAGCAAAAGAUUAUACUUUCAGACUAAAUAUUGAAGAAGGAGUUGGAAUCCCGAAAAUACCUGUACAUCCUAUUGGACAUAAUGAUGCAGAAAUAUUACUACGGAAAGUUAGAAUGCAAGCUCAUAACACCAAUAAAAUUACAAGGAUUUACAAUGUAAUUGGAACUAUUAGAGGAUCUGUCGAACCUGGCAAUUAUACUCUCAGAGUUGACUGUACACCCCUUCUUUACCAGUUGAUGUACAAACUGACAAAAGAGAUGUCUAGCCCAGAUGAUGGUUUUGAGAGUAAAUCACUUUAUGAAAGCUGGUUGGAAAAAGACCCUUCACCUGAAAAUAAAGAGCAUCCAAGAAUCAACAAGCUGGGAUCUGGAAGUGAUUUUGAAGCUUAUUUUCAGAGACUUGGAAUUGCUUCAGGCAGAGUUCAUUACACCAAGAACAGGAAAACAGAUAAAUACAGCAGCUACCCUGUAUAUCACACAAUUUAUGAAACAUUUGAAUUAGUAGAGAAUUUUUAUUACCCCACAUUUAAGAAACAGCUCUCUGUGGCUCAAUUACGAGGAGCACUGGUAUAAGAGCUUGCAGAAUCUAUAAUCAUUCCUUUCAAUAUUCAAGACUAUGGAACAGCUUUGGAAAACUAUGCAGCAAGUAUCUUCAAUUUAUCCAAGAAAUAUGACCAGCAAUUGAAAGAUGAGGGGGUAUCAUUUGACCCUGACUCCUUGUUUUCUGCUGUAAAAAACUUCUCAGAGGCUGCUUCAGAUUUUCAUAGAAGACUUACAGAAGUUGAUCUUAAUAAUCCCAUUGCAGUGAGAAUUAUGAAUGACCAAUUGAUGCUUCUGGAAAGAGCAUUCAUUCAUCCCCUUGGUUUACCAGGGAGACAGUUCUAUAGGCACAUCAUUUUUGCUCCAAGUAGCCACAACAAAUAUGCUGGAGAAUCAUUUCCUGGGGUUUAUGAUGCUAUGUUUGAUAUUGAUAAUAAAGCAGACCCUCAUUUGGCCUGGGCAAAAGUAAAGAAACAUAUUUCUAUUGCAGUUUUCACAAUUCAAGCAGCAGCAGGAACACUGAAAGAAGUGUUAUAA